AUGUCUAAGCAGGAGAAGAAAGGGAAGGAGAAGAAGGUAAAGGAGCCACCACUUCAGGUUAAAUGUCCUCUGGUAAAAGACUAUGCCAUCGGAAAGGCUCCAAAAAUUGCGGAGAUAGAAGCUAUGGUGUCUGAGGCUGAAGGCGAGAAACAACCGUUCACUGGUACAGCUGCGAAAGGCAAGGUCUCCUUAAAGUCGGCUGUGAAGGGCAAGAAGCCUCCGAAGAUAAACUUUAAAAAUGUUAAAGAAGCGCGUCAACUGAGUAAUGACAACACAAUGGUCGCGCUCACAUCAGAAACUAAAAAGGGCGGCAAUUUGAUAAUGCUGAAAUGCAUGACAGGUGAGGAGGCUAUUAAAUUCCUUCAGUUGGUUAAAGCGAAGAAUCAAAAUGUGAAAGUGGUGAAAGCUUCGAAUAAAACCACGAAUUUUGCGGAGGCAACAGUUGCCCAGGCUCCAACUGAUACUAAAGAACCAGUUGUCACGGAGAUUACCGCUCCAGGUCCGACAUCACCAACAGCGUUAGUUACCGUUACAACAGGAGAUAAAAACAAUGAACCAUCUGUAGGUUCUCCUAAUUACUCACUGGAACCAAAGAGAUUGGAUUCAACAACGUCUGGCUACAUUCAUACUUAUACAACAAGAGCCACUUCACCUCAAUUCGACCUUACUUCCAUGCCAUCAACUACCUUAAAUACAGUUGGCGAAGUCUUUUCCGUUCCACCACUUUUUGAAGAUAAUGGAGACGCGAAUUUAUCACUACCUCCAAAGCAAUCAAACUUGCAAUCUCGCUCAGAAAGACAUCGUCCAGUCCCCCUUACAGAUCCUUCUUACAAUAAGAGCAAAUCAAGAGAUCUAAGAGGAUUCGCUUCUUCCUCGAGUUCAUCUGCAUCAUCCAAUGAUAGGAGGCAUGAUCAAAAAAAGAACCAGAAUAUGAGGCCUAGCAUUUAUUCUCUGUCUACCUCUUCUUCAUCAAGUGAGGCAAAUAAACGCAGCCCUAAAAGUUCGAGAAUUUUUGUUCAAAAUUCACGCCCCUCUUACAGUUCAUCAUCAUCUAGCUAUUCGAGUUCGAGAGGCCGUGUUUCCACUAAAUACUCAAAUAAACAGUAUAAUGGAAAUAAUGUAGAAGCGGGAGCUGUUGUACCAACGAGAUCGCUAGCAAAAAGAUCUCAAUCUGUGGAUCUCUCUAAUUUCUCUCUUAUGAGAAUUUCUACUUCAACGAGGAGUAUAACAAAUCUUUAUAGUUUUGGAGUUCCCUUGCCCUAUUCAACUAAGACCAGCUUUUCACAUGGUGUCUACCCUGGGUCUUCUGAAAGCAGCAUAUUGGAUGAAGAUGGAACUAGAAGCGAUUUCAGUUAUGCUGGCAGUGACGCUUCGGAUGGCAGCUUUAGGACAGGAAGCAAACACUCAUCAUACCAUAGUAACCGUUGUAAAUCGGAUCAAUAUCCAUCCUUGAAAGUGAUGUAA